GACGGGAGGGCAGCGUGGGCGCCAUCUUCCUGGGGGCCGCCGGGGGGCUCGGCCGGCAGGGCGUGUGGCGGGCGCUCAGACUUGUCCCGGGGCGCCGGGCGGGGAGGGUGCGAGCGGAAGGCCGGGCAGGCGGGGCCGGGGAGAGGGCGGCCUGUGCGGUUAGAGCCCCGCGCGCUCGCUGACCCCGACGCCCUCCGUCCGCCUCCCCGAGCGGGGUCCCGACGGCGCAGAUCUCGGAGCCUCGCCUAGGUAUUGCUUUUCUCGGCCGUGUCCGCGUGGGUAGCGGCGCGGGAGAGCUCGGCAGGCCGGUGUCCCCGGGCUGGAGGGGCGCAGAGCGGUGCAGUGAGGUUGGGCGAGCUGGGGUGGAGCGUUUGCGCUCGGGACAGCGGUCCCGGUUAAUCCGACAGCCAAUUCGGGUGCAGACUGGCGCGACAGCCUCGGAUCCGACCUAGCAAGUUGGCCUGGCGGUAAAAGAAGGAAACUCUGAUCUUCGGGAGCGUGGACAAAGGCGUCGGGCUGUGGAAUCGAUGCCUUCGGAGGAUUCCCCAUUGAUGAUGGAUGGCGUGAGAAGUCGGUGCUCUGUGGAUUCGACUUAACGGUUCCUGACCCGGGACUGUGACUCAAUGUGGUCAUGCAUUUUUUUUUUUUUUUAAAUUUUAGACACCUGCAUUAUAAAAGGCAGAUUAUAUCAGAGACUAUUUGUGGACUGGGGUAGAUGGUCUGCAGGAAAAUUCAAGUUUAGCAUUUUAACGUUCUUCAUAUCUGGGCACCAAGACAUAGUUGGAGGCAUAUAGAAAACUGCCUCCAUUAUCAUGUCUGGAAAAUGCCUUUAUUUGAUAGUUAAAAUCAAGUGGAUUAGAAAUUACGGCUCUUAAGUUCAGUGUCCCGUUUUUCUCCGACUCUUAAUUAAAAGAUACACACUUGCGAUCAUUUAAUUAAGACGGUGAUUUAAACGGAAGGAUGACGGUAAAAUUAGCCAGCUUUUAGGGAUUGGCUUCCUGACAUCAAUACAGUCACUAAUCACUUUGGCAUUCAUAUCUGAACCGGGGUUAGUGUGUGUGUUGAUUUUUGUGCAGUGGCAUUCGAAACCAGAACAGGAUAGUUUGUGUUUUGACUUUGGUGCGGUCUGCUGUGCCAGUAGACUGUGGAGAUCCUGAGGAAAUAGUGUAUUGUGAGAAGUACUUUGAGUCUCCUAGAGAUAGUCUUGAUGUUACUGUCCACGAACAGAUAAUGACAUUGACCUGCUGUGGCAAGGGCAAAGAAGUCUAAACAUUAACUUUUACUUGGCACAUUAGCACAAACUAGGUCUCUUGGAUUGGAAUGCAAUGGCCUCGUGCCUGUGAAGCUGCCUUUAGUUAAGUCACUUAGGUAAGGUGGUUUUAAGCUAGGAUGUGUUGUGAGAGGCAUUUUGAAUUUGGCGGGUACUUAUUGCCUUGAAAUGUCUUCGAAUUCAUGUACUUGUAGUUGAAUUUAUGUCCUCGGAUUCUAUCCCUCUUGAAUUUAAAAAGUUUAAGGGCAGACAAAGUGGUGCUUACCAUUUGCUCCCCAAAAUAUUUAAAGACUUAAAACGCAGCCAAGUCAGUUGACAUAGGCGUCUUGGAAUUUGAAUGUGGACAGGUGUUUCAAGGAGUGUUUUUAUAGUUUUUGUUGAAAUGUUGGGUGUAAAUAUUAAUUUUUUGAAAUCAGGCUUACACUUUUGUUUGUACUGCAAAGAUUUUAAUAGUAAAUCUCAAUUUUAAAAUGUAGUGUAUGCCAUUAUUUUUAUUAACUUCUAGUUCAAGAAGUUUAAUCUAUAGACCAGCUCCCCCUUUUUAAAGAUAUUCUUUCAAACUUGAAGGAAUAUAUUUAUGUACAGUGGUACUUAAGUUUAAAGGAACAAAACUUUAUUUGCACAUUAAUAUUAAUUAUGAUUAAUGUGGCACAUUUGAAAGGUUAUUUGGAAAAAAUUGGGUGUCUGUAAAGGCUCUAGGUACUGGUAUCCUUAAAUAAUACUAAAUUGAAUUUUUUUUCAGUAAUGAAUGUUGGCAAUCCCAAGAUUCCAAACUGGUCUUUAUUCUUGUUUAUUUUUCUAUAUUAUUAUUAAGGUUUCUGUAAUGUAAGUGUGUAGGGUAGUUUUUUGAAGUGGCUAUUGGCAUAAUAAAAUUUCAAAGUUGAUAUAGUUUUUGUUUUUUGUUUUCUUCGUGUCUGUGCUUGAGAUGAAUUUUAACAGUCUACUGUUGUAAGCAUAUCGGAGGAUGAGUGACAUUGAUUUUUUUUUACAUUUAGGGAUGCUAUCAUAUUUGCCUUAAUUACAUUGUAAUAACGCUUGUUUCUGUAUUUGUGAUAUGUGGAAUUUGUAUCCAAAUGGUAGCCAUUGACUUGGCUUUCUUGCAUAAUUGCUAGUUUUUGAGCUUUGAUUUUUUUUUAUCCAGUAUAUCAUUUUGAAUUGUUGCUUUGUCUGACUUAGUAGUGUGUCUUGGAAGGGUGGAGAAUGGCAAGGGAGUUGGACAUAAGUCUGAACUACAUGCUUGGGUCAUCAUUAGGUAAAAUGAUGGAAGGUCUUUAAAAAUGAUUUUCAAGUCGAUGUUUUACUUAUAAAACAGAUUUUUUAAAAAGUACAUCUACAACUUCUAUAUCAGCAUGUGAUAAACCCAGAGUUUACUUAAUGAUGGAAUUCAGUGAGUUUUGGUAUAUUUUAUACACUCAUGUAACCACUACUACACUCAAAAUAUCUAUUCAUACAUUUUCAUGCAAAUUCCAAUCAUGUAGUAUAAUUUUCAGCAUACAUUUUUAGUUUUUAAUACUUCCCAGCUGUCUGCUCUGGUUUUAUACUUCUUUUUUGAAGAAGUAUAAUCAAGUUCCCUUUGGGACAAAUCAUUUUGUAAUGCCCACAAUUUUCAUGCUUUAUAGUGUUUCUUUCUACUAGGUAAUUCUGAAAUGGAUAUCAGGCAUUGAGAUCAAUUACAGAGUUCAAAGAUUAAUUAUAUUUCAUUUUCUUUCCACAGUUAAGUUGCUUUUACAGAAUUAACAGGUCUCCAAGAAAUAAAAGGAAAAGGUCAUUUUUGCUGUGGUUUGAGCCCAGCAUGGCUGUAGUCAUCCGUUUACUGGGGCUCCCCUUUAUUGCGGGGCCUGUGGAUAUCCGUCACUUCUUCAAGGGAUUGGCUAUUCCUGAUGGAGGAGUGCAUAUAAUUGGAGGGAAAGUUGGGGAGGCUUUUAUUAUUUUUGCAACAGAUGAAGAUGCGAGACGUGCCAUAAGCCGUUCAGGAGGGUUUAUCAAGGAUUCACCUGUAGAGCUUUUUCUCAGUAGCAAGGCAGAGAUGCAGAAGACCAUAGAAAUGAAAAGAAGUGUUCGUGGAGGAAGAGGGCGACUGGGGUCAGGGGCCUCAGGGGUUAGCAACCUGUGUCAUUUUAUUGAUGCUAUGAAGAAAGAGGAGAGUCAUUCUGGAUAUGGCUCUUCAGUUAACCAAGAUGCUGGGUUUCACUCUAACGGUGCAGGACUUGAUGUAAGGCCAAGAAAGACUAGGCCAUCGAAGGCUGAGAACCCGUACUUGUUUCUACGAGGUUUGCCUUACUUAGUAAAUGAAGAUGAUGUCCGUGUCUUUUUCUCUGGUUUGUGUGUGGAUGGAGUAAUUUUCUUAAAACAUCACGAUGGCCGAAAUAAUGGUGAUGCUGUAGUGAAGUUUGCUUCAUGUAUUGAUGCCUCAGAAGGUCUUAAAUGCCAUAGGAGUUUCAUGGGUUCAAGAUUUAUAGAAGUAAUGCAGGGCUCGGAACAACAGUGGAUUGAAUUUGGUGGCAGUGUGACUAAGGGUGGUGACAUUCCUUGUCUGCGAUCUGAAGAACAUUCUCCUUCAAGAGGGAUGAACGACAGACAUUGCCGAAAGCGAUCUCAUUCAAAAUCUCCUAGAAGAACACGUUCUCGCUCUCCUCUUGGAUUUUAUCUUCACUUAAAAAAUCUGUCCUUAAGUAUCGACAAGAGAGAUCUAAGGAAUUUCUUUAAAGACACUGACCUGACUAACGAGCAGAUUAAAUUUUUAUAUAAAGAUGAACGAAGAACACGGUUUGCCUUUGUGAUGUUUAAGAACCUGAAAGACUAUAAUACUGCCCUGAGUCUGCAUAAGACUGUGUUACAAUAUCGUCCAGUUUUUAUUGACCCAAUUUCUAGAAAGCAAAUGAUGAAGUUCAUUGAAUGCUAUGAAAAGAAGAGACCAGGGUCACAGAAGGACUUUGAAGACGGCUGCUCUGGUCAGAAACUGUACAUAUAUAUAAGAAACUUUCCAUUUGAUGUCACGAAGGCCGAGGUGCAGAAGUUCUUUGCAGACUUCCCCCUUGUGGAGGAUGAUAUUUAUUUGCUUUAUGAUGACAAGGGAGCUGGUUUGGGGGAAGCACUGGUGAGAUUUAAGUCAGAAGAACAGGCCAUGAAAGCUGAACGUUUAAACCGAAGAAGAUUCUUAGGGACAGAGGUGCUGUUAAGACUUAUAUCUGAGGUACAGAUGCAGGAGUUUGGUGUCAAUUUCUCCUUGAUGUGUGGUGAGAAAACACAAGCCCGUUCCCAGUCACACAACAGAGAUGACCGUUCCCAUCUGUUUGCCUUACACGACUCACCAGUAUGCUCACUUGGCUGGUCCGAAAGGGUUGAUUAUCAGCUGGAAGACUUAAGGCAUCCCCACAGGUAUUUCCAGCAAUCUGACAGGCACCCUCCAGAAGACUUCCGGCACUCUCCUGAGGACUUCCGGCACUCCCCGGAAGACUAUAGACACUCCCAGGAGGAACACAUGAGGCGCUCUAGGGAGGAAGACUGGAGACGGCCUCUGGAGGACUGGAGAUGGUCACCGGAAGAUGAUUUCAGGCACUCUUAUGAAAAAGACUUUAGGCAGCUGCCAGAGGAGGACUUCAGACGGCCACCUCAGGAGCACUUCAGGAGGCCAUCCCAGGAGCACUUCCGACGGCCACCCCAAGAACAUUUCAGGCCUUCCCAAGAGGAGUAUUUCAGGCAUAUGCCAGAUGAAGGCUUUAGGCACCCUUCUGAUGAGGACUUCAGGACCCCCCAAGAAGAAGAUUUGAGAUGUCCCACUGAUGAGGACUUCAGGCAGCUCUCUGGGGAAGACCUCAGGGACGUACCAGAGGAGGACCCUAGAUUUCCUGAUAGUUUUAGACCUUCUGGUGAGGAUUUUUGGACCUCACCUGAUUUCAGGGGUCAUCGUCCUUUUAUGAACUUUAGUCACCUAGAUGGUGGCAAAUUUGAUUUUGGAAAGCACAAUAUGGGAUGUUUUCCUGAGGGAAGAUUUAUGCCUGAUCUAAAAUUAAAUUGUGGUUCAGGUAGAAUAACUCCUGUUAAGAUCACAAAUCUUCCAUUUAAAGCUAAUGCUAAUGAAAUUUUAGACUUUUUCCAUGGUUAUAAAGUCAUACCUGAUUCAGUUUCAAUACAGUAUAAUGAGCAAGGGUUACCUAUAGGAGAAGCCAUUAUUGCUCUGAUAAACUAUAAUGAAGCUGUAGCUGCUGUUAAAGAACUGAAUGGUAGACCAGUUGGUCCCCGCAAAGCUAAGCUCAUUUUGCUAUAGAGAGCCUCUCAUCUCAGUUCGUAGUUUUCUUCCACAGUAUUGAUACAGUAAAAAUACAGCCUUUUAAAAAGUUUAUUUUUAAUUAUAUAAUUAACUUUUAGUUUUAACCUGUGACUAGAGAAAAUGUGUUAUAUAAAUCUGGUUUUCCUUUGCUUACAAAUGGACAUUCUUCUCCAUAAUUUAAAAUUACAUAUGCUCUCUUUUUCUUUGCUAGGGCAGAGAAAACAAAUUUCCUGAAUUCAUUAGUUUCAUUGAUGUUAUGGAUAAACCCCAGUCUUGUGAAAUGUGGGGUUAUGUUUGGGGAAGGUAAAUUUAUCUUUAAUUUUGUUUUCACCAUUUUUUACUCAGACUGUCUAAGGAAAUGACGGAUGACUGGUUGUUCAGGUUGGCACUUUCAUUGCUACCAGUUGCAGAACUCCCUUUUGUGUGAGAUAUUGUGUUAAGGUCUCCUCUUAACUCUGAAUAGGUCAGAAAAUGAACGUACUGUGAACUUGAAAUUUAUUUAUAUGAAAGGCUUAGGAAAUUCUCAAAAUUUGUGUUCAUAACUUUGAAAAGUUUUAUAAAAAUAAAAUUGCAACUGAAAUACUUA